AUGUGAUGUCAUGUAAUAUAUAGCACGUGUGAUGUGAUGUAACUCUGUCUACAUACCUAGCGAACGUCAUCUAUUUUCAGUGUAUUUUCGUUCGCGUGCUCCACGAUGUUUUGAGAAAAUCUCUGUUGCACGAAAGUGCCAUGGUUUUAUAUUUCAAAGCAAACUUAGUUAAUACUGGCGUUAAUAAUUUCUCAGUGCAAUUAAUUUUCAAAUUAUUCAGAUCUUUCAUAUCAUCUGUUGUUUGGAACUGACAUAUCGAAACAAAUAUUAAUACACGCAUUUACACGUAUGUACAGUUACAGUGGUCCAGCGACUCACAGCGUGGGUAACUGGAAGCCCAGUGCUCCAGCUGAACCGUUGAAAACAUGAAAUCAAGAAACGGUAUAACGUAUAACGAGCACAACUAUUGCUGCGAAAACAGUUGUAUCUCUCAGUCUGUUGGAGAAUGGUCUCGAGAGGCUAGAUAAAAACAUUGACGUAUUGAGUGCAACAUUCUCCAUUAAGCCAGAGGUUUGCCUGACAAUUCAGGUUGAAAAUGUGCACGCUGUCAGCCACGAUCAAGCACCCGACUUGUACUCUGCUGGCAUACGCCAGGGACUUUGGCAACAACAUGAAAGAGACUCUGAAACGAGCAACAAAGUGGUCGGCCCACUACUUUACUCAUGCUAACUCGUACUAUCGGGUUCCCGAGACAAAGGUACCCCUAAGAGAUAUCCCAAAGAUAAAGGGUCUUCCUGUACGUGAUAUGUCUAAGCAGGACCUGGAUUAG